GGUUGAGAAGACUCCGUGUUGGUCUAUGAGACUGGUGGACAAACACUGGAGAGGAGAAAUCUGUUUCAUUUUAAGCUCCUCAGCUCUCGCCCGUGGCCUUUGUGCCAGGUUGCAGGUGACAUUGAUGGGGCCUGUUCCAAAGAAGACAACAAAGAUUUGGAGAAUUGCUUCUCUGUGUGCCCCUCACAAAACCAUGCCCAGGGAUUGUCACACCUUCUUCCCUCCCUGGGGAGCUCCCUGUGGCUGCUGGUUGAUUUGAGCAGAUCCCCUGGGAGUGAAGUUGCCCUUGCGGGGUGGUCGUAUUACAGCAGAGAGACUAUUUAGGACUGUCUACUUGCGCCUCUUGUCUGACUGCUCCCCACUCUCCUCCCCCUCCUGUUUUCUGGGGUAACUCCUUAGGUGUUUGGUGCUCACUUGUCUUUGUUGGAAAAUGCAUAGCCAGGUUUUAACAUUGGGGGAGGGCGGAAGCAGCUAAAAUGGUGUCACCCUUUGGGCAUUCUAUGGGGCUCUCGUCUUGACCGUUGAUGUCUCACUUGCAUCCUGAACAUGCUGACCCUUCUGUCCUAAAUUUUCUCUGAAGUGUCUUCAUCAUGGUCUGCUCAAUGGACCUGUCAACACGUUACCUUAAGAAAUUGCUGAAAAGGUCCUUCCUUUGGAAAACAGCUUCCUUUCUUUGCAUUGGGCCUCUCCUGAGUCCACCACUGUCAGAAAAUGAGAAGGUCACCCUGCUGAUUGCCUUCAUCUGUGUGAGGAGCUCUCCAUGGAUCAGCCAAAGUGCCUACAGAUACUUUGAAGUGGUCACCAUUUGCAACUUGAUAAUGAUCCUCGCCUUCUACCUGGUCCACCUCUUCCGCCUCUACCGCGUGCUUACCUGUAUCAGCUGGCCCCUGUCGGAACUUCUGCACUAUUUAAUUGGUACCCUGCUCCUCCUAAUCGCCUCCAUCGUCGCAGCCUCCAAGAGUUACAACCAGAGCGAACUGGUGGCGGCAGCGAUCUUCGGUUUCGUGGCCACCUUCCUCUGCCUGGCGAGUGUGUGGCUGUCCUACAAGAUCUCUUGUGUGACCCAGUCAACAGAUGCAGCCGUCUGAGGACACCACAGCCUCUGACCCACAGGAGGCGCUGCAGGACCUAUAGCCCAGCAGACAGGAGGACCAGAGGGCCAGUGACCUUAGGAAAGAUUUCUGAACCUGUGUUCCUGUGCCAAAGUCCUGCUCAGGCUGGUGGGCACAGGAGGGGGCCUUCUCCUUCCUCCUGGGCUCCCAAGCUGCUCUGAACCUCUCUCUGGCCUUCCUUGGAGAAUAUUCCUCCCUGCCUGGGAAGGAAAAGAAGCCUCCAGGGAAAUCUGGUCUCUCCCUUGUGCUUUAAAAACUGCCUCAGGGACUGGUGGCUGCACUUAACACAAUGGAGGGGUUUCUGGAUACUCCUGCACAAAUCCCACUCCUUAUGGGAGUGAAGCUGCCUUAAGUCUGCCUAGAAAAACCAAGCCCUCUCCUAACUUAUCUAGCUUGGGAAUUGGGCCUUGAAGAUGCUCUUUUUCUUAAAGUGAGGCGUGCCUGUAGAAGCACUAUGUGGUCAGCCUGUCCCCAAAGACGAGAUCUGUCUCCUUUCCCGGCUCUGCCUUCAUGAGCAGUGUAUGAGUGAGUAUGUGUGUGUGUGUUUUUUAAUAAAAUACUGACUUGGCCAAUUGCAAAA